AUGUCAGCAUUCAAAACAUUGUCAGCAAAAGCCGCAGCUCAACUCGACAAAGAAUUGAUGUCAACUGGUGCUUUCUCCAUUGACCAAUUGAUGGAACUUGCCGGAUUGGCGGUUGCAAAAGCAAUUUACAAACAAUAUCCUCCGCCACAGAAACCCACUUCACCAUUACAGAAAAUUUUGGUUUUGGUUGGUCCUGGUAAUAAUGGGGGCGACGGGUUGGUUGCUGCUCGGCAUUUGAAAACAUGGGGCGCUUAUGAACCAGUCAUUUACUACCCCAAGAAAUCAACAAAGAGUGACUUGAUCAACCGCUUGGUAAAGCAGUUGCAAGACCUAAACAUCAUGGAGAUCUCCACACUUGAUGAAAUCAAGCUGUUGCUUAGUAAGAAAGGCGAAGUUGGUGUCAUACUCGAUGCCAUCUUUGGGUUUUCUUUUAAGCCACCUAUUAGAGAGCCUUUUAAAGAUGUCAUUGACUACCUUUCACAAAACCACGAGUCGUUGCCACCGGUAUUCUCAGUCGAUAUUCCCUCCGGGUGGGAUGUUGAUGAGGGCCCAACAGACAUCGACAUAAAAGCAUCGGCUUUGAUCAGUUUGACAGCACCAAAACCGUGCGCUGAGAGGUUCGUCAAGAGUGGACCCAACAAAAUCCAUUAUUUGGGCGGAAGAUUCAUCAGUCCUUCGAUCGCAGAAAAGUAUGCAAUAGAGGAUGUAUUGGACAAAUAUACAGGUGAUGAAUUGAUCACGAAAUUAUAG